UUCCUGAGCGCGGGCGCGCCGUGGCGGGAAUUUUGCCUGGUUCGGAUUCAGACCCCACGGACUCCCGGGAUGUGGUCGGAACCGCCCGGGGCUGAUCUCCCGGAGUGAAAGUGUGAGCAGGACAUGAAAUAAACAAUGGAUGACGGUUCUGUCGCGUCGACGUUCCUGACUGACAGCUUGGAAUUGGAGCUGGGGACCGAAUGGUGCAAACCUCCUUGCUUUUCUUGUGCUUUUGACGACAGAGGAGGAGGAAAACAUUUUUCUGGCGAGUCCUACCUUUCUAGCGGAGCCCUUAAACGAUUGAUUUUGAAUCUUGAUCCUUUACCAACUAAUUUUGAAGAGGAUACAGUGGAAAUAUUUGGCAUUCAGUGGGUUACUGAAACAGCAUUAGUGAAUUCAUCUAGAGUGCUCUUUCAUUUAUUCAGGCAACAACUAUACAACUUGGAAACCUUAUUACAGGCCAGCUGUGAUUUUGGGAAGAUAUCAACCCUGCACUGCAAAGCAGAGAGUAUUAGGCAACGGUGUGUAACAUUUCUUCAUUAUGUUAAAGUUUUCAUCUUCAGGUACCUGAAAGUACAGAAUGCCGAAAGUCAUGUUCCUGUCCAUCCUUACGAGGCUUUGGAGGCUCAGCUUCCCUCCGUGCUGGUCGAUGAGCUUCAAGGAUUACUCUUGUAUAUUGGACAUCUAUCUGAACUUCCCAGUAUUAAUCUAGGAGUAUUUGUAAAUCAAAACCAGAUUAAGCUUUUUCCACCGUCAUGGCAUUUAUUACAUCUCCACUUAGAUAUCCAUUGGCUGGUGCUGGAAAUUCUUCACAUGCUUGGUGAAAAAUUGAAACAAGUUGUAUAUGGUCAUCAGUUUAUGAAUCUGGCAGGUGACAACUUAACCAAUGUCAGCCUAUUUGAAGAACAUUGUGAAAAUCUCCUUUGUGAUUUAAUAAGCCUGUCACUCAACAGGUAUGAUAAGGUUAGGCCUUCUGAAGCAUUAGUGAGUCACCAUUGCCCAUGUCCAUGCAUUAAAGAAUUAUGGGUUUUACUCAUUCAUCUUCUAGACCACAGAAAUAAAUGGUCUCUCUCAGAAUCAUUUUGGAACUGGUUGAAUAAACUACUUAAAAGAUUCUUUGAAAAAUCAAGUGACCAAAGAAGACCUUCUGUACCUAUAAUCCAGCCCAGGGAUCCAUUAGGUUUUAGUUGGUGGAUUAUUACUCAUGUAGCAUCGUUUUACCAGUUUGAUCGCCAUGGAGCACCAGAUGAAAUGAGACAAAUGGAAUCAAAUUGGAACUUUGUAGAGGAACUGCUGAAAAAGUCCAUCAAUGUUCAGGAUGGUAUACUGGAAGAGCAAUUACGAAUGUAUCUUCACUGUUGUUUGACACUUUGUGAUUUCUGGGAGCCAAACAUUACAAUUGUCACCACUCUCUGGGAAUAUUAUAGUAAGAACCUGAAUAGUUCUUUCAGUAUUUCUUGGCUUCCUUUGAAAGGCCUUGUAAAUAUCAUUAAGUCACCCUUGUCUAUGCUAGAAAUGGUGAAGACCUGCUGUUGUGAUAAACAAGAUCAUGACCUGUAUAAAUCCAACAGUAGUUACACCAUUUUCCUUUGCAUUUUGGCAAAAGUUCUUAAGAAGGCAAUGAAGAACAAUGGCCCUCAUCCUUGGAAACAAGUCAAAGGAAGAAUAUAUUCUAAAUUCCAUCACAAAAGAAUGGAAGAACUAACUGAAGUUGGUCUGCAGAAUUUUUUCAAUCUUUUUUUACUGUUAGCAGCUGUUGCAGAGUUAGAAGACGUAGCAAGUCAUGUUCUAGGCCUUCUGAAGUUCCUCAAGCCUGCCUUUCUAACGUCUUCUCUCAUUUGGAAGGGUCAGAUGGCCUUCCUCUUGAUGUAUACCCAGAAAAAUCUGGACAUUAGUGUUUUGGCUGAGAAAUUCUCAGGUGCCUUCCGGGAGAAAGCAAAGGAGUUCUUGGUAUCUAAGAAUGAUGACAUGGGACAAAGACAGACUCUCUGGACAUUUCUGUCUAUCUAUAUGGAUGGUGUUCAAGAAGUGUUUGAGACUAGCUGUUGCUUGCAUCCUUCCCAUGAAAAACUGCUUAAUGAUGGAUUUAGUAUGCUUCUGCGAGCUUGUCAAGAAUCUGAACUUAGGACAGUAUUGAAUUUUCUACAAGCUGUUCUGGCCAGAAUCAGGAGUAUGCAUCAACAAUUGUGUCAGGAACUUCAAAAGGAGAAUGUGGACCUAAUUGUUCAGUCUUCAUUAUUAGCUAAAGAGUGCCACCUUGCUGCAGUUGCCAGUGCACUGUGGAGACAUUUCUUUUCCUUUUUGAAGAGUCAGAGAAUGUCACAGAUAGUGCCUCUCUCACAACUUGCCGAUGCAGCUGCAGAUUUUACUUUGCUAGCAAUGGACAUGCCCAGCACAGCUCCAUCCGAUCUUCAGCCUCAGCCAGUUAUCUCAAUGAUACAACUUUUUGGUUGGGAUGAUAUCCUCUGGCCCCAAGUUGUAGCAAGAUAUUUAAGUCAUUUCUUACAAAAUAGCAUGUUAUGUGAAGCACUUUCUCAUUCAUCUUUCCAAGCUUUAACUAUAAGAUCAUGGAUCCGUUGCAUUUUGCAAAUGUAUGUGAAAAACCUCUCUGUGCCUGAUGAUGUGUUCAUUGAUUUAAGUCCUGAACAGGCAGUUGAAAAAGAGUACAUGGAACAGUUGACUGAAUUGACAAGGUUGCUAUUUAAACUCUCAGAAGUAAAGAAUAUCUUCUCAGAGGCUCAAGUUGAAUAUUUACCCAUCCCAGAAGACCCUAGAAAAGCACUUGUUCGAUUCCUUGAGGCUGUUGGUAUAACUUAUGGGAAUCUGCAGAAACUUUCUGAUAAAUCUGCCAUGGUCACAAAGUCUUUAGAAUACCUUGGUGAAAUAUUAAAAUACAUAAAACCUUAUUUGGGAAAAAAAAUUUCCAGUGCAGGGCUGCAACUGACUUAUAGGAUGAUGGGAAUUCUUGUUAAAUCAUGGGCACAGAUCUUUGCCACCUCUAAAGCCCAAAAAUUACUGUUCCGGAUCAUAGAUUGUUUACUGCUGCCACAUACAGUGUUACAGCAAGAGAAGGAGCUUCCUGCACCUGUGUUAACUGCAAUUCAGAAGAGUCUUCCUUUGUAUCUCCAGGGCAUGUGUAUCGUGUGUUGUCAGUCUCAAAAUCCAAAUGCCUAUUUGAAUCAAUUGCUAGGGAAUGUUAUUGAGCAGUAUGUUGGGCGGUUUCUUCCAGCUUCCCCACAUGUUUCAGAUCUCGGACAACAUCCUGUUUUGUUGGCAUUGAGAAACUCGGCCACUGUUCCAUUGAUGUCAACUCUAAAGAAAUGCAUUGUACAAGUCAUAAGGAAAUCCUACUUUGAGUUUAAAGGGUCCUUGCUCCCUCCUCGCUUAGCAUCCAUUCUGGCCUUCAUCCUCCAACUCUUCAAAGAAACUAACAUCGACGUUUCUGAGGUUGAACUACUCCUCCCUGGCAUCUUAAAAUGCUUGGUGUUGGUCAAUGAACCUCAAGUUAAAAGGCUGGCCACAGAGAACCUGCAGUACAUGGUAAAAGCCUGCCGAGUGGGGUCAGGAGGAGAAGCUGCCGCCCAGCUGACUGCUGUGUUUAGGCAUUUUAUCCAGGAUUAUGGUAUGAGAUAUGAUUAUCAGAUUUACAGCAUUUUAGAAACAGUAGCAGCAUUGGACCAGCAGGUUGUUAUCCACUUGAUUUCUACCCUCACUCAAUCUCUGAAGGAUUCAGAGCGGAAAUGGGGCCUUGGCAGAAAUAUAGCACAAAGGGAAGCCUAUAGCAAACUUCUCUCUCACCUGGGACAAGUGGGACAGGAUGAGAUGCAGAGACUGGGCAAUGACGACACCUGA